CGUUCAAAAAAUCAUGGCACAAAAGUCUCAGCCAAGAGAUGCACAGACAACACCCAUUAAAACAGCAGCAAAUGCGUGUAGGCUGUGUGAUCAGAGUUUAAAUCCAUCCAGAUGUAAUAAAUACAGACUGUUUCACGGACAUAAGCUUGCGAACAAAGCGGAUUACACGAUCGUGCUGGAGGUAUUUGUUAGCAAACUUCAGGACACGACUCUGGCCAUCUGCGGCUCAUGCAAAACUCUGUUAUUGCGGUACGGGCGCGUGUCCAAAGACGCAGAACGAAUUAAAAUGCUCAUUGAGGAUAUGUGGAAGAAGACCAGAGAGAAACGGUGUACGACUUCAAUUCCCACACUAGAAGUGAAGAGACGACGAGAAGUGAUGGACACAGCAUCAUAUGAUGAUGACAAAAACACUGCAUUCUCCUCACUACAGUCCACUGACAGCGCUGCUGCUAAGGUGUCCGACAAUACUGUACAAGUCGCUGUCAAAAUACGUUACUUAGAAGAAACUCAAAACUGCAUCAAAACAUUUACAGGUGAAACUAAGAACAUAUGAGGAGUUUCGACAGACUUUGCUUCAAACUGCAAAACAUAUUAAGUUUCAGGCUCAGCACACAGAGAGGCAGAUUAAGGAGGAGUUUGAGAAACUUCACCAGAGAGUCAAUAAGGAUAACUAAACUGUGGAAGGAAGAACAGCAGAAGAGUCAGACAGUGAAUGAGAAUAUUGAGAAAACGAACACAGAGAUUUCCUCUCUUUCAGACAUUAUCUGAUAUCUAUCUACAUAGAGGAGGAGAUGCAAGCUGAAGAUGCUUUAUUCCUACAGAACUAUGAUGCCACUUUGAAAAGAGUUUCCCAGUGUAAACCGCCGGAUCCGGAGAACAUUUCUGGAGUUCUGAUCAGUGUGCCAAAACACCUGAGCAACCUGAUGUUUACUGUGUUACAGAAGAUGCAGAAAACUGUUGAUUACACUUCUGUGACCUUUGACCCCAACACUGCUCAUUGUAAUCUCAUCCUGUCUGAUGACCUGACCAGUGUGAGGUACAUCGAUGAGGAACAGACACUUCCUGAUAAUCCAGAGCGAUUCGACAUGUUUGCUUGUUCUGGGCUCAGUGGGUUUUGACUCUGGCUCUCACUGCUGGGACGUUGAAGUCGGAGACAGUACAGGCUGGUUCCUCGGAGUGAUGGCUGAAUCUGCUCAGAGGAGGAAUAAAAUAUUCUCAAGGAGUGGAAUCUGGCUGGUGGCUCAUUUCUGUGGUGAAUAUAAAGCACAUGAACCACCACAAUCACCAACUCUCCUCCCAGUGAAAGAGUAACUGCAGAGGAUCAGAGUUCAGCUGGACUGGGACAGUGGAAAGCUGUCGUUCUCUGACCCUCUUACUGACACACACAUACACUCCUUUACACACACUUUCACUGAAAGAUUAUUUCCAUGUUUAGGUGUUGGCUGUAACAUUUCUCCUCUGCUCAUCUUACCUGUAAAUUCCUCAGUAAAAAAAACUCACUGUAGAUCAAAUUAUUAAACAUAAC